CCUUUUUGAUUUUAUUUUUAUCUUUUAAUAUGCAGUUAAUAGUAAUUCAUGGGAGCCGGUCCUAAUUUUCCUGAACUUGAAAGCUUACCGGUUUAAUCAAAACCGCUCCGAGAUGCAUAAAAACGGGAUCAACAUCUUGCUCUGAACCAAUAGCGCUCUUAAUCGAGCAUUAUCCCCUUCCAAUUUUCCCGAAGCACUCUCUCUCUAACUAUUUGCAGUCAGGGAGCAACCAUGAAAAUCAUGGUAGCGAUCAAACGGGUCAUCGAUUACGCUGUCAAAAUACGGGUCAAGCCUGACAAGAGUGGUGUGGAGACCUCCAAUGUGAAGAUGUCCAUGAACCCAUUUUGUGAAAUAGCAUUAGAAGAAGCACUCCGGAUAAAGGAGUCGGGCGGGGCCUCUGAGGUGGUUGCGGUCAGUAUGGGCCCGGCCCAGUGCGUUGACACUCUCCGGACCGGUCUUGCAAUGGGGGCGGACCGGGCCAUCCAUGUUGUACUGGAUGAAGAAAAACAAGUAGCAACAGUGGACAGAGAGGUUGAUGGCGGUCUUGAGACUGUGUGUUUAGAGUUGCCUGCAGUAAUCACCACUGAUUUGAGACUGAACCAGCCAAGGUAUGCAACCCUUCCCAACAUAAUGAAAGCAAAAUCGAAGGUUAUAAAGAAAGUUACUCCGCAAGAUUUGAACGUAGAGAUCCGAUCUGACUUGGAGGUUGUUCAGGUGACCGAACCACCCAAGAGAAAAGCAGGGGUUAUUGUGUCUUCUAUUGAUGAACUAAUCGACAAGUUGAAAAACGAAGCUCACGUAAUUUGAUUACGUAUAAGCUGUUGUCUGCUAAGUUCCUCCGCAGGUUUCUGUGCUCGCCAAUGAGUUCGAUUCUUGUAACAUUUAUUUACAUAAUGCAUGUAUUGGAAUAGUUUGGAUUCCUCAUCAAUAAUCAAUAAAUUUUUAUAUAAACUUGUAA